AUGGAAUCUGCAAAGGAGCAGCGCCUGCCGAUGACGUACGGCACCACAUCUACAACAGCCCUCAAGAUGCAUACAUCGAACAUCACUGAGGGCCAUGACAGCGACAGCAUAUUCAGCUGCGAUAGGCAACCGAAAAAACAAAAUGCUUCUCGAGAAAAGACAUAUUGGCACCCCAUCGUCGUCCUCCUGCUGAUGCUUCUGAUUGACGGCUUCGGUUAUGUCAUGUCCGCAGCUCCACAGACGCGCCUGAUAGAGGACAUUGUGUGCCGAAAGUAUUACUCGGCAAAGACCCUGUCCACGCUUGGGCUGACGAGCCCAUCGGAGGACAUGUGCAAAGAACGCCCGGUGCAAGAUGCUGUUGCACAGCUCUUUGGCUGGCAGACCUUCUUUGACGGCAUUCCCGGGCUGGUCCUCGCCAUGUACUUUGGUGUCCUUGCCGAUAAGCAUGGCCGCCGCGGUGUGCUUUUCCUGAGCAUGCUGGGGCAGACCAUCGGCUUGACUUGGGUUUUGUUCAUCUCCUGGACUGAGUGGCCACUGAAGCUUAUGUGGCUUUCGUCCCUCUGCUUAAUAAUUGGUGGCGGGACUACAGUGACAAGCGCCGUUGGCAUGAUGAUUCUCACGGACGCAACUUCAGAGGACAAGAGGUCUCAAGUGUUUUUCUUGGCGCAAACUGUUUUGAUAGUUGCUGAGCUCAUUGGACCUCUGAUUUCCUCGAAACUCAUGGAAAUCAACCUUUGGAUUCCAAUUCUUCUCGGGCUGGGGUGCACUGUGGCGACCAUGCUCCUAGCAGGCUCCGUCCCGGAAACGCUAGAGCCUAAGGCAAGGGCCAAAGAUGAGAAUGGCUCAGAGGAUGAGCCAGAGGGUUUUCAGAAUCGCCUGAGAGCCACGUGGAACCAUAUUUCGACUACGAUCCGACAUAUUGCCAGUAACAGGAGUCUUGUUCUGCUCGUUGCUACCUUUCUAGUGAUGGAUUACUCGCGGCAGUCUCUCUCUGUGCUGCUCCAGUUCACCUCAACCAGAUAUUCUUUAACAAUUGCCAAGGCAAACUACCUACUCUCAUUUAGAGCAUUUGCACAGCUCAUUACAUUUGCGCUCAUCUUGCCUGCAUUGGAUACGUACAUGGUCAGGAAACUCGGCGUCUCGCCGCGAUUGAAAGACCUCAAACUAUGUCGCGCCAGCAUCGUGCUAUUCAUGUUGAGCUUUGGGCUACUUGUCGUUGCGCCCCAGGUGUGGAUGGUUGCCCUCGCCCUAGUUUUCUAUACCUUUGGAAGCGGCUUUGGAUCUUUUGCCCGCUCUCUCGCAAGCGCCUUGGUCGAGAAAGACAUGAUAGGCACACUUCUGACCUCGGUCGCCAUCAUGGAUACGACGGGAACUCUACUUGCUGGACCAAUCGUGGCAAAAACAUUCAGCUGGAGCCUGACUCUGCAUGGUGUUGGCCGCGGCUUGCCGUAUCUUUGCUCAUUUUUGCUCUGUGGGCUAGCCACCAUUAUGCUCUUCCAAAUCCGCUCAGUGGAUCGCCCCGAUGAGAAACCUGCCCCGGUGGAUGAAGAGAGUCAAGGAUUUUUGGAUGUGCCACGAGAUGCAUCAUGUAACGAUGGCUCAUCUUCAAGGCACAGUGAGUAA